AUGGGGGCAGCUGGGCUGCAGCUCACCCAGGAAGCGGCUCUGCCCCAGGCCCUUCAGCAGAAGAAUGUGGAGUGCGCUCGUGUCUAUGCGGAGAAUGCCAUCCGCAAGAAGAACGAGGGCCUCAACUGGCUCCGCAUGUCCUCCCGCGUGGACGCGGUGGCCUCCAAGGUCCAGACGGCCGUGACGAUGAAGGGGGUGACAAAAAACAUGGCCCAGGUGACAAAGGCCUUGGACAAGGCUCUGAGCUCUAUGGACCUGCAGAAGGUGUCUGCCGUGAUGGAUAAAUUCGAGCAGCAGGUUCAGAAUUUGGAUGUUCAUACGUCGGUCAUGGAGGACUCCAUGAGCUCCGCCACCACGCUGACCACGCCGCAGGAGCAAGUGGACAGCCUCAUCGUCCAGAUCGCCGAGGAGAAUGGCCUGGAGAUCCUGGACCAGCUCAACCAGCUCCCCGAGGGGGCUUCGGCAGUGGGGGAGAGCUCGGUCCGCACCCAGGAAGACCAGCUGUCGCGGAGGUUGGCCGCCCUGCGGAAUUAAGGUCUCCUGCUCCCUGCGGACUGCUGCCCCGCACUGGUGGUACGGGGGGGGGGCGGAGGGCCCAGGACCCCUUCCCUCUGCUACGUCCUCGCUCUGACCCAGCGGCCAGGCGGAGUCGGCCGUCCCCUCCCGCAGCACCGCGGCCCCGGCCCUGCCUGCCUGUGUUUAGACUCUUCUUUUGGGCUGUGUCGGUGAUGACUUUUUUUCCCCAGAGCAGGCAGCGGUGCUGGCAGGGGGUUCCGGGCAGAGGCGGCCUCUCUCUGGGCUUAGGAACGCUUUGCUGGUUCUGAUUUCAGAAUGCAAAUGUUUUUCAUUUGAGGGUUGCUGCUGAUUUCUGACAGCGUCCCGCUCCUGAUUUAACACUAAAAGGAUCCUUCUGGAGGUGGGUUCUGGGGUCUUCUGGGGCGCCGCUCGCCCGACUCUCCUCUGUGUGGAGCACGUUUCUGUUGUUACUGUUUUAGGCUGAAUCUCUGAGCUGGGGGCUGCGUUUUCCUCGGGGGCCUUGAGGAGGAGCAGGGGGGUCCCCGCGGGGCUGCCUUCCUCUCACAGCGGCUCGGGAAGGGGUGUUCUUCCCAGCUGUGGUGUUCCUGGGAAGGUCGGUGCCUUGCAGAAGCGGGAGGUUGCACCGUGGUGGCAUCUCUCCCCUCGCAGUGACCUCCCCGAGCCGUAGCCAGGUGUCUCGUUUGCAAACUUCACCUUCCCAGUCACUCCUCGUCCUGCCGGGCUGAACCUCCCUGGAGCUCGGUACCACAAAGUGACCUUUGAAACGCUCUCCCGCACCGUGCCAGCGUCUAAAUCUGCACGUGCCCCAUCUCCAGCCGCUCUGGAAAUGCUUAUCCAGGCCCUGACCACCCCCGUGGGCCCGUCCUCGCCCUGUGGCCAGCAGCCAGGAGCGGAUCACAGCUGUGGUGGCCACAGCCUCGUCCCCAGAUGUCACCUGCGCUGGAUGGGUGUGACGCUAAAUGCUAAACCACCCCGGGAGCCCCUGGAUAUCUGCUGCCCUUUCCCCUCGGCUGUGCCCUCGCUGCCCGCGCAGAGCGUGGGAACUGGGUGAGCAGCAGCCGCUGCUCGCGGGGGAAACGCGGCUGCUCGGCCCUCAGCUGAAAUUUUCUGUGCCCUUUCUCCUCUGUGACUUGGUGGGUUGGCAGGAAGCUCGUCCAGGAAGGAAACACCGUUUCCUUUUUGGCUUUUGGGAUGAGGAACUUCACCCUCGCCGGGUAGCUGUCCUGCUGCGGUGGGAAUUCAUCGCCCUGGAAGGGAAUUUGGAGGCACACGCAGCUGCUGCUUUGGGGAGGGGAAAGGGGGAGGCAGCUCCCUUCCCCUCCCAGUGCUGCCUGGUGGCCCCAGGUGGCUGUGCCCCCACCCCGGGCACCCAGCCGGCCUGCGUGGCCGUGGGGCCCCCGCCCCGGCGCUCACAGCACAAACACUUCUCGCUGGUUUAUUAUUUUUUCUCUGAGUUCGGUGGCCUUGGCAGUGUGUGUCUAGUGACCGACAGAGCCUUCCUCCCCGAGGCGUGCCGCGGAGGGGGCGCAGGGCGGUGAUGGAGGAGGAGGUGGCUUUGGGCUGCGAAGUCGCUUGUGCCACGAGUGCCCUGCGUGGGUGUCACCCGUGGGGCUGGGGUCCAGGACGUGCCCUGUGGCCCAGGGAGCCCCUGCCCCUGGAAAUGCUCCUUCUCUGCGUCAUGUUUCUCUGUGCUUUUGUGUUUUUUUUAAAAAAGCUUGUCUCAGUUGCCUUUUUCUCCUUCUCCAGCCCCUGUUAAUUACCUUCUGCUACUUAAAUAAACAAUCGC